AUGAUUAUAACCAUUGACUUCUCAAGAAACAACUUCACAGGAGAGAUUCCAAAGGUGAUUGGUAAGCUCAACUCACUCAAAGGCCUCAAUUUUUCUCAUAACAAGCUUGUUGGUAAUAUCCCUUCAUCAUUGGGAAAUUUGAGCAAUCUGGAAGGGUUAGAUCUCUCCUCCAACGAGCUUGAUGGAAUGAUUCCAAGACAAUUGGGGACAAAUCUGCAUCAACUCGAAGUUUUAAAUCUUUCGGUGAACAAAUUGGAGGGACCAAUUCCUCGUGGCCCACAAUUCAAUACAUUCAAUGAAGAUUCAUAUAGUGGGAAUUCGGGCUUAUGUGGAUUUCCACUUAAAUCAUGCAACGAGGACAAAACAUCAUCACCAACCUCUCAACAAGAAGAGGAGGAGGAGCAUGCGAAUGGAUUAUCUGAUUGGAAAAUCGUGUUGAUGGGAUAUGGAAGUGGAAUGGUUAUUGGAAUUUCAUUGGGAUACAUGCUCCUUUCCGAUAAAAUCAUUGAUGGGCUGGUCGAAACGGUAAAAGGAGAACAAUGGAGUCGUUUGGUAAAAAGAUCAAAGCGGAAUGCUCGUCAAGAUCGUAGAAUUGGAAGAAGACAUUAGUUUACAUUUUCUGUAUUUUGUUGAAAUAUCUGUAAUAACUUUUGUGUAUUCUUAAUAAAUUAUGUUGUUGUUUACAAAAAAGUAUGUUUUCUAUUCUACGCAGUGAUUUAUUAUUA